UAAUUUUUAUAUUAAGUCUUUAUAUUCUGAUUGUGUUUCUAAAGUAUUUGAUUUUUCAAAAACAAAUGAAGUGUUGGACCUCUAUGUCAUUAAUUGGUCAACAUUAAAUAUAUGUGACAAAGAUACAGUAAAAUAUGGUCUCAGUCCAAUAACAUCUAAUUUUUCUGAUAUGAUAACUAUUGUACGCAUCUAUUCUUAAAAACAGAAACAGAAAAUAUACAUUUAAAAUGAAAAAAUCAUAAUGACUUUUUUUCAGGAAAAAGUUAAUAGUGGUGUAACUAAUUCAUCUAUGGAUAAAUCAAAAAUAUAUGCUAUGAUACAAGUGUAUCCAAUAAUUCCAAUCACCAUUGUUCCGGAAGGUUCUAGGAGUGAUUCAACGUAUUCUAUAUAUUGUAACAGUACCGAUCCAGCUACUUCAUCUCAAUGGUGUACUAACCCUUCAAAACUUUCAUAUGAUCAAGGAGCUUACGCAAAACAAUACUAUGUUGGAAUUGUCCUUGAACAGCUUGAUACAGAUGAUUACUUGGGCUGUUGCGAAUGUGGGAAAUUUCUGGUAUCAAACCAAAUUAUUGAUGGAUGGACGGCAAGACCUUUUAAAACGUGUCCUAAACUAGAUCAUAAUUAACAGAUUUAAAUUUAAAUAUACAUUUAUAACAUUAUAAUGUUUUAUUCUGUACUGUAAUAAAAGGUAUUCUGCAAUACUCUUAUUAA